AAUUGACAUUUAAGACAAUGAUUAAAGACUGUUUUAAACAAUAUUCAUUAUUCUCAAGAAAGUUUAAAAUUAUUUGAAAGGGGUGCGGCGAACAAUCCUGUAUCCGGUGCACCCAUCCUGUACUUCGAUAAAUCAGCAAUUAUCUGUCAACAUUAGUGUACACAAAUGAAUGAAUCCCCCUCCUAAAGUAGUUGAAUCUGCUGUGCGAACGACAGUAGAGUUGUCCAUCGACUGAAUCAGUCAUUGACUUGUCAACGAGUGUCAGUAAAGAUUCUUGUUCAAGCGCGAGUGAUAGACUAACUGAUUUCAUCUCUAAUUUUUCACUUUUCAUUUGUCAAAGACCAAUGAUAUCAUAAGGUAGACACUGCUGCUGUCUUAUUGGAUGCUGAAUUAUCAGAAAAUAUAGGUAUCAAUUUCAAGGAGAGGGAGUGUAAGAAAAGUUGAAAAAGAGAACAACCGAUUUCGUUAAUGUUUUUGAGUUCCUGUGGUGUCAUUCGGCGUUGUUUAUUCGCCGGUCGAACAUUAUUUAGUGAGAAAAGUAAAUUAUUUUAUCAAAAUGGAUUCCACUAGCUUAGAAACACAUGGAAAAAUAAUCAGAAGUCCUGAUGACACUAAAAGCAGAAGAGUCUCGAUAAGUGAUCAAGUUAUUGGUAUUGACAAUCCUGUCUUUGAACAUCACAGGCAAAUAAGUGUAAGCUCAGAGCACAAUCCAGAGUGUAUUAGAAAGAAAUCUAUUCUUCAUCAUGGAAGUGUUGAAAAUCUCCAACAUAAUAAGCUUGAUCUCGAAAAUGGACGUGCUAAUGGUCAGAAUAGGAAAAAAUCACAAAUGAGUUUGUCUAGUUCAAUCAGAGAUAAAAUUGAGUACACAGAAGAGCUUAAAAGAUCAUGGCUAUAUUUAUUUUGUACUCGGUGUCAUGGAAAAGAAGAUACACCGUCUUGGGAGCCACAAGGAUGGCGAAGAGCAUGUCCACAACCUUUUUGUCCAUCUUAUCGGAAAUUUGCCAGGAUCAUGUGUCUUUUUAUUUUGGGUCUUAUGAUCUGGGGAAUCGUCUAUUGUAUCAUUGGCAGUGACGCAGCACCAGGUGGUCCAUUAUUUGGUUUAGCGAGCUUAGCAAUCGCUGCACAUUUUGGAGGGUGGUUGAUAUCUCUCACAACCUUGCCAGCUCUUAUUGGCAUGCUUCUAACUGGAUUCAUUAUGCAAAAUGCAGGUCUAGUCUAUAUAGAAGGACGUUAUUCAGGCGUCAUUGCUAAUGUGAGAAAAAUUGCAUUAGUAAUAAUAUUGGUACGUGCUGGCCUCGACCUGGAUCCAAAUGCCCUCAAGAGACAAAAGAUAACGAUGCCAAAGAUAGGGUUGGUGCCUUGGACUGUAGAAUGUAUAGUGGUUGCAGUCAUGACGAAGUAUCUUCUCAAUUUACCCUGGAUAUGGAGUUUUUUAAUUGGAAGCGUAGUAGCAGCAGUAUCACCAGCUGUUAUUGUUCCAUGUCUUUUCAGGCUGCGCAGUAAAGGAUAUGGUGUUGCUAAAGGAAUUCCAACACUCAUAAUCGCCAUCUCAGGGAUUGAUGAUGCUGUGUCAGUUGCUAUCUUUGGGAUUAUCAAGAGUGUUAUGUUCUCUCACGAUAGUCUAUGGUAUCAGAUUCUUCAAGGUCCAAUCGCUAUCGUUGGUGGUCUUGGAUUCGGAAUUCUUUGGGGUUGUCUUGCCAAAUUCAUUCCAGAAAAAGGCGACCCUUUCAUGGUACCUAUGAGAGUACUCAUGUUACUUGGUGGUGGUCUUAUAGCUGUUUUUGGAAGUGAAGCAAUUGAGUUGGGUGGUGCUGGUCCACUAGCAGUAGUAGCAGCAGCCUUCGUCAGUUGUUACUUCUGGCAGGAGGAUGGAUGGAAUGUUGAAGACAAUCCUGUAGCCAUUUCUUUUGAAAUAUUCUGGAUGAUUUUUGAACCAAUUCUCUUUGGAGUAACAGGAACACAAAUUAAAUUAAAUGAAUUAGAAGGAAAUACCAUUUAUAUCAGUAUUGGUCUCCUUUUCACAGCAUUUAUUCUUCGGAUAAUUACAACAAUUUUCAUAUCAAUCAAAUCUAGACUUAAUCUUAAAGAAAAAAUUUUCAUUGCAUUGGCAUGUAUGGCUAAAGCUACAGUUCAAGCAGCAUUGGGGCCAGUAACUCUUGAUCAAGUUGAUAAAAGUGACAGUACUCAAGUUUAUUAUGCAGAAACAACACUUACUAUUUGCAUUCUUUCAAUACUUCUGACUGCACCUACUGGUGCUAUAAUUAUUACAUUAUCUGGUCCGAAGCUUCUUACUAAAACAAGAGAAUUAGUGGUGCCUCAUGAUGGCUGGAGAUCGAGACGACAUUCUAUCAGGGACAUUUCAAUUAUCAAUGAAGAUCCAGAUUUGGAAGAAACAGCUAUUGAAGAGCGAAAAGCUUGACAAAAUGCACGUUAUUAAUUGUAAUUCAGUCAGAUAAAGAAAUUAUUUUUAGUUCAAAUAUUCAACGAAUGGAAAAAAUAUCGAGUUAUUUCAUAUACAUGAAAUUACUUAUAAAAUUUAUAAAUUGGCGUAUUUUUUCUAUUUGAAAAUGUUAUAAAAUUUUUUUAGGAAGAGUUUAAAACUCAUAAAUUACAUAUUUAUUGAAAAAUUAUAUUUAUGAUAAAAUCAUUUUUAAUAUAAAUCAUCUGUACACUGUGUAAAUAACU